UUACAUGGCGUUAUCAAUUGAUAAUUAUGACGUUGUCGUUUUGAAGGCGGGUUGGAUUUACCGCCAAAAGCCAUUGUUCAAAAGAUGGAAAAAGGUGUGGAUGACGGUGAGUCUUGGGGGAAACCUGAAAUGUUUCUCCAAGAAGCGCAGCAGUCGUGCGACGAAGACGUACGACGUCAAAAUGGACCUCAUCUCUAUCAAAAGUGGCAAGCAGUGCCGGACGCUGCUACCUCCACCGGACAUUGACACAUUCUGCUUGAUGGAACUGCACUUUACGGGCGCUCGGAAAAUAUCCCUGUGUGCGCAUGACAGGGAUAGCGCAGAACUUUGGCUGCGGGCUAUCGGUAAAGCCAACUCGGACAAGGCCCUGCCCACACCCAAAUACUCUCGGAAGAACCGGACGAAAGAGGAUGCGCUGAAAGAGGAGAGCAUGGAACAAAAUGAACGACAGAGAAAAAUCUGGUAUCGAUUGCUGUGCUGCGGAGGCGAAAAUCAAGUGAAGAACUUUACCACGCCCCGACACCCCAACUCUUCAUGGACUUGA